GUUCACCCACCUCCAUAUUCCUUCCUUCUCCCUUCAAAACUCUCCGUCACCUCCGUACAAACAGAAGUUUAAGUCCAGUUCACACCGAACAGUCCCUUUUGCUGUAGUGUAUUAUCUAUUAGUGAGUAAAACCUGUUCUCACUUUAACUAGCCUCCCCCUGUAUCUUUGACAGUAGUCAUUAUUAUGAUCCCCGCUUUACGGAUUAAAACACUGACCCUUAAAGAGGUUGGCAUCCUUGCCCCAAAUCACGCAGCGGAGCUGGGUGGGCUUCGCCUAGCCCGGGUUCAAGUCUCCAAAGGGCAAGCGGCGUGGAAAACCACCCUGGGCUGUGCGCCACUAGGUGGAGCAGUUGCGAAAACCAGGGACACAGCAGCGAGCUCUCCCCGGCGUGGACGGAGUAGUGGAGGGGCUCUUGGCACCUUCUCAGCCUGCGCCCAGAUGCUGCGCGCCCUGACCAGCGCCCUGCGCCUUCCAGGCCCCUGGGGACCCCUUCGCACCCGUGGCUGCGCCUCCCAUGGAGCUACUGGGGACCCGGAGAUCCAAGUGCGCGCCCUGACCGGCCGCGACCAAGGAAUCACUGAGAUUCUGAUGAACAGACCGAGUGCCCGCAAUGCUUUGGGGAACGUCUUGGUCAGCCAGCUGCUGGAAGCUCUGGCCCAGCUGCGGGAAGACCAGCAAGUGCGUGUUCUGCUCUUCAGAAGUGGAGUGAAGGGUGUGUUCUGUGCAGGUGCAGACCUGAAGGAGCGGGAGCAGAUGAGUGAGGCAGAAGUGGGGAUCUUUGUCCAGCGGCUCCGAGGCCUGAUGAAUGAGAUUGCAGCCUUCCCUGCGCCCACGAUUGCAGCUAUGGACGGGUUUGCCUUGGGUGGAGGCCUAGAACUUGCCCUGGCCUGUGACCUCCGAGUGGCAGCAGCUUCCUCAGCUGUCAUGGGACUGAUCGAGACCACCCGAGGGCUCCUCCCUGGAGCAGGAGGGACUCAGAGGCUGCCUCGAUGCCUGGGAGUGGCCCUGGCAAAGGAGCUCAUCUUCACAGGCCGAAGACUGAGUGGUGCACAGGCCCAAGCCCUGGGGCUGGUGAAUCAUGCUGUUUCCCAGAAUGAGGAGGGCAACGCUGCCUACCAUCGGGCACUGGAAUUGGCCCAGGAGAUCUUACCCCAGGCACCCAUUGCUGUACGGCUGGGCAAAGUAGCCAUUGAUAGAGGAAUGGAGGUGGACAUCGCAUCAGGGAUGGCCAUUGAAGGCAUAUGCUAUGCCCAGAACAUCCCCACCCAGGACCGCCUGGAGGGCAUGGCAGCCUUCAGGGAGAAGCGGCCCCCCAGAUUUGUUGGCAAGUGACUCCCAUUUAACUCUAAGUAUGGGAGAUGCCUGCUUCCAGGGCAGGAUCCAGAAGGAAAAUUUGCAGGGUGACUGUUCAUCAUUUCACCUCUCCGGGCUUCAGUCUCCUCACAAGGACAAGGAUAGAUAUAAAACAACUGGAAUGGUGUUCCAUACCAAGGUACUACC